GCAGCCGCCAAUGCUAGCUCACAGGUUCAGAACCCUCAAGUGGUAGAUGAUGAAGACAUGGACCCAACUCAAUACUUUGAAAAUAGGCUGAGGGUGCUUGCCACCCAGAAGGCAGCAGGGAAGAACCCAUAUCCCCACAAGUUCUUUGUCAUUAUGUCUAUCCCAUAAUAUAUUGAGAAAUAUAAAGGAUUAAACAAUGGAGACCACAUUGAGGAUGUCCAAGUCUCUUUGGUUGGAAGAAUUAUGAACAAGCGAACUUCCUCUUCAAAGCUGUUCUUUUACGACCUGCACGAAGAUGGUGCUAAAGUCCAAGUCAUGAUGGAUGCAAGGAACUCAGAUAUGGAUGAAGCGGAAUUUUCUAGAUUUCAUUCUGGUGUCAAGCAUGGUGACAUUGUUGGUGUCUCGGGAUUUCCAGGAAAGAGUAAAAGGGGAGAGUUGAGUAUUUUCCCUAGAUUGUUUACUGUCCUAUCCUAUUGUCUUCAUAUGUUGCCGAUGCAAAAAGCAGGUGUUGGUGCAGAUAAUGAUGAUGUGAAGAAAACUGGUGUUUGGAUUCCAGGACAUAUCAGAAAUCCUGAAACAUAUAUUUUACGGGAUCAGGUAUCUAGUAUAUCUAACCUCUUCCAGAAAUGCCCUCUAGCUAUUUGCUGCUACUCAUCGAAUCAGAUUGUCUUUUUUCAAUGGUUGCCUUGAAUUUCUUGAAUCAUAAUAUUUAUGCUAUUCACUCUGCAUGGAUCUUUCUAUGUAUUUCCAUGUCAAUCUUGUUUAUGCAUUAAAAUAAUUUACAUUAUUGCAGUAGGAGCUCCUCGUCUCUGGUGAAACAUUGUAAGGGGAUUUAGUAAACCUAUCAAAUGAGAAUUU